AUACACUUGACAAUGUGGUCUCUCAUCUUUUCCCACAGCCCAUCAUUCCUCUUCCCCAAUUCCACCGCCACCGCCACAGGCCGUUCAUUCGCCACCGCACCCCUAUCCUUCUCUGUUUCCCCUUCUCGAAACCCCAGAAGAAUCAAAUCUACAAUCGUUCGCUUAUCCUCCAACAAACCCCCAAUCACCCCCGGAGGGAGCGACGAAGACGGGUCGGAACCACCCACCGUGACAGACGAAUGGGGCGAGAAAUCCGGCCUGGAACCCGAACCAUUGACGAAAUUAUCGUCCUCGGAUCCUCCCAAAGACGAGGACGAGUGGGGAACAGAUGAUUCGGAGCAAUCUAAGACGUAUUCUGUAACCGGUAACGGUAGUGCGGUGGCUGAAUCUGCUGGGGUUGAGGAUAAUAGUAAGAUUGAAGCGCUGAAAAGGUGUUUGGUGGAUAGUGUUUAUGGGACUGGACUAGGGUUUAGCGCUUCGGCGGAGGAACGGGCGGAGGUUAUAGAGUUGGUGACUCAGUUAGAAGGAGCUAAUCCGACGUCGGCACCUACAGAUGCCGUGGAGCUUCUUGAUGGCAAAUGGAUUUUGUUGUACACCGCAUUUUCCGAGCUAUUACCACUUUUGGCAGUUGGCACGAUACCGUUAUUGAAGGUGGAAAAGAUUUGUCAAGAUGUUAAUACCAGCAGCCUUACAAUAGACAACUCCAUCACAUUUUCUACCCCUUUUGCUACUUUCACGUCCACCGCAUUGGCAAAUUUCGAAGUGCGAAGCCCGUCAAGAAUCCAGGUAGAGUUUAAAGAGGGGAGCUUUCAGCCUCCAAAGAUAAAAUCGAAUGUAGAUCUUCCCGAAAAUUUGGAUAUUUUUGGCCAGAAUAUAAAUUUGUCAGCGGUCCAGCAGUCACUCAACCCAUUGCAAGAGGCGGUGGCCAAUAUUGCAGGUGUAAUUUCAGGGCAAGCUCCUCUUAAGAUUCCCAUUCCCGGGGAACGGUCAAAAUCUUGGCUUCUUAUCACAUAUCUCGAUAAAGAUCUGCGCAUAUCCCGAGGGGAUGGCGGGCUCUUUGUUCUUGCCAAGGAAGGUAGUCCUCUUUUGGACCCAUAGACCAGAUCCAAGGCAUGAUGAACACGUAAAGGGAAUCCCGAGGUGUUUUAAGCCUGCCAGUGGAUGGACAUAAGAACAGGUAUAUGUAGAUCGGAUUUAAAAUUUUGUAAUAGAUUUUUUGAAAAAGUCUAUUUGUGCAAAUUCUGUGUCAUACCGUAUCAUCAGUCCAUAGAUGACUCGAUCCUAUAAGCUUUGAUUUAAAUAAAAUGUCGAGCUAAAUGCAAAACGAUGUUCAUCUCUCAUUUCGUUUGGUUUUUGUCACCUGAGACGAGGAAGGGCGUAGUAAGUGACGAAAUGCUUCGAGGAGCUGAAGAUAAGCACAGAUCCGGAGAUCCCGAAUAGGUUAACCUUUCAAACUGCUGAUGAAUCCACGGGCCAUUUAUUUUUCUCGUUGUUGGGCAUAUGUAUAGAACUAAUUUUGGGAUUGGACACAAUAUGAAAGAUCUUUUAGAUGCA